AUGCAUGCCAUGCGUCUCAGAACCAACAUGCAUGUUGUGCAUGUCAUGGUCAUGGUCAUGCAACGAGUGCCCAUGCAUUUCAUGUUCAUGGGCAUGGCCAUCCAACGAGUGUCCAUGCAUGUUACCAUGUUCAUGAUCAUGGUCAUGCAGAGAAUCCCUAUGCAUGUCAUGGUCAUGGAAUGGAAACUCAUCAGCACCACUCCCACCACUCACACCACCAACGCCACUCCCACCACUCACACCACCAACGCCACUCCCACCACUCACACCACCAACGCCAAUCCCACCACCAACGCCACUCCCACCCAACCCACCACCAGCACUCAAGUCUCCUAUGUUGUACCCACUACCCCCUAA